CCUCUGUUUGAGUUCUUGCGUGGCAACCAAACCAGGAGGGGAAGCUGAGUGGCGUCUGGAAUAAGCCCGGCAUGUGAGGUGGGAUUCAGGUGCUGGAGAAUGUGCUGGAAGCACACACGGACGUGAACCAUCAAGUAUGCAGGAAGCAGUCAUCCUCCUGGUUCUCCUAGGUGCCCUGUCAGGGCGAGAAGCGCUAUACCUGACCCACUUACCUGCUACAGGCAACGUGGCAGAGAAUUCUCCACCUGAGACUUCAGUGCACAAGUUUUCUGUGAAUUUAUCAGCAUCGCUGUCACCUGUGAUCCCUGGGUUUCCCCUGAUAAUCAACUCAAGUCCCCUCACUGAAGCCUUCAGGGUCAAUCGGCUGUCAGGCACUGACUUUGAGGUUGUCACCACUGGGAAGGAACAACUAGAUUUUGAAACAGGACCAAACAUAUUUGACUUGCAGAUUUACAUUAAGGACGACGUUGGUGUCACAGACCUGCAGGUCCUGACUGUCCAGGUAACAGAUGUGAACGAGCCACCUCAGUUUCCAGGCAACUUGGCGCAAGGUCUAGACCUCUACAUAGUAGAAGGAGCGAACCCUGGAUUCAUUUACCAGGUUGAGGCCUUCGAUCCGGAAGACACAAGCCGAAACACACCCCUCAGUUAUUUCCUCAUUUCUCCCUCAAAGAACUUCGGAAUGUCUGAUAAUGGUACCCUCUUCUCCACAACAGAAUUGGACUUUGAAGCAGGACACCGCAGUUUCCGUCUCACCGUGGAAGUGAGGGACAGCGGAGGCCUCAGAGCCUCCACGACGCUCCAGGUGAACAUCGUGAACCUCAACGACGAAAUCCCUCGCUUUACCAGCCCAACGCGCAUAUACGCGAUUCUGGAGGAACUGAGUCCAGGAACCAUCGUGGCCAACAUCACAGCUGAGGAUCCAGAUGAUGAAGGUUUUCCCAGUCACCUCCUGUACAGCAUUACUACUGUUAGCAGCUAUUUCGUGAUAAAUCCGUUGACUGGCACCAUUCAAGUGGCCCAGAGGAUAGACCGAGAUGCAGGUGAAUUAAGACAAAAUCCCACCAUUUCUGUAGAGGUUCUGGUGAAGGACAGACCCCACGGAGGUCAGGAGAAUCGCAUGCAGAUAACCUUCCUUGUGGAAGACAUCAAUGACAACCCUGCCACAUGCAAGAAGUUCUCCUUCAGCAUUAUGGUGCCUGAAAGAACAGCCAAGGGGACGUUGCUUCUCGACCUGAACAAGUUCUGCUUUGAUGAUGACAGUGAGGCACCAAACAACAAAUUCAACUUCACCACACCAUCUGGAGCAGGGAGCAGCGGCAGAUUUUUACAGGAUCCAGCUGGCUCUGGGAAAAUCGUGUUGGUUGGUGAUCUAGAUUAUGAAAAUCCAAGCAAUCUAGCAGCCGGAAAUAAAUACACACUGAUAAUCCAGGUGCAGGAUGUUGCCUCUCCCUACUAUAAAAAUAACAUCUACAUUUAUAUCCUAACAAGCCCAGAAAAUGAGUUUCCUCUCAUUUUUGAUAGGCCAUCCUACGUAUUUGGUGUGUCAGAAUUAAGACCGGCUAGAACCCGCGUCGGACAGGUGCAAGCGACUGAUAAAGACUUCCCCCAGAGCAGCACCGUGUACUCCAUCUCCACCGGAGGGGCCAGCCUGCAGUACCCAAGCGUAUUUUGGAUUAAUCCUAAAACGGGAGAACUCCAGCUAGUAACUAAAGUGGACUAUGAAACAACCCCUGUCUAUAUUCUCAGAAUCCAGGCCACCAACCGCGAGGACACAAGCUCAGUCACCGUGACUGUGAACAUCCUUGAAGAAAAUGAUGAAAAGCCAAUUUGUACCCCAAACUCUCAUUUCAUGGCCAUCCCAGUGGAUCUGAAGGUUGGCACAAAUAUUCAAAAUUUCAAGCUGACGUGUACUGACCUUGACUCCACCCCCAGAUCCUUCCGUUACUCCAUUGGCUCAGGCAACAUCAACGGGCAUUUCACCUUCUCUCCUAACGCUGGAUCCAACGUGACACGCCUGCUGCUUGCGUCCCGCUUUGACUAUGCUGGGGCGCUUGAUAAGAUCUGGGACUACAAACUACUCGUCUACGUAACUGAUGACAACUUGCUGUCCAGCAGGAAGAAAGCGGAAGCUCUUGUUGAAACAGGGACGGUGACACUGAGUGUUAAAGUCAUUCCCCACCCAACCACGGUCCUCACCACAACCCCCAGGCCCGGGAUCUCCUACCAGGUCCUGAGGAGGAACGUUUACUCUCCGUCCGCGUGGUAUGUGCCGUUCGUCAUCACUCUGGGCUCCAUGUUGCUUCUGGGUCUCCUGGUGUCCCUGCUCGUCCUGUUGGCCAAGGCCAUCCACAGGCACUGUCCCUGCAGGACUGGGAAGGACGAGAAACCUCUAGUGAAGAAAGGAGAAAUGAAGAAUGCAGAGAGAGAGGUGUUGGUGGAAACCAUCCAGGUGAACACUGUCUUUGAUGGAGAAGCCAUAGAUCCAGUGACUGGAGAAACAUAUGAAUUCAACUCAAAAACUGGAGCCAGAAGGUGGAAAGAGCCACUAACCCAAAUGCCAAAACAGAAAGAGUCCAGCCCCCAGGGAGCUGCCCCACGCAGAGUCACUGCUGGGGAAGGGAUGGGGACGCUGAGAUGGACCAGCCAGGAAGAGCAUGAGCUGGGUGGCAAAGCGCGGGCAGAGGAUGCAGGCAUAGGUUCCAGGACUGAUGCCAAGCCGAGCACCCCAAAGAACAGAAACCCAGCCUUCACAAGCGAAGCUUCCCCCAAAGCGCACCCAGGAAAGUAAACGGUGUCUAGUCGCCAGGCCCACCUGUGCAGCGGGGUGCAGGGGAGGGGCCCGGCAGUCAGCAGGGUGCUGCCUCCCUCUAAAUUCUAUGGGGGGAGCCCUGGGCCCUGCAUGGGUGCAAAAAUGUGGGUUGAGAGAAUUCAGACAUCCAGGGUCACCAAUGGGAUGUUUGACAAAUUCUUCAACAAAUAGAAAGGGGUUUGAUCAUACAGUUGCCUUUUUCUGAGAUGGCCAGGAGAAAUCUCUCUCAGGUCUCAGAACUACCUGUGCUUCUGAUCAGUGAGACUGUUAACUUCUGGUUGCUGAAUUGUGUUUUCUUUGCAUCAACUGCUAGGAGCUCUCUCCAGCUCAUCCUAGGAAGUGCACAAGAAUUCUUGACAGAAAUACUGAGGGCCACCCUCAUGUCUUAUUUCCCUGCCUUUAUCUUGGCAUCACUGAGAUUACUUAUAUAGUUCAAUGCCACACGUUUGUAAGUGACCUCAAAUCUUUUUCAAAAGAAGCAGAGCAGUGAAGAAAUGGAUGAGUAAAUAAUGAGAUGUGCGUCUGGGAAGAAGAAAACACAAUAGACAUCUUCUUUUAUUCUUUUUUUUCAGUUGAUGUACUGUAUAACUUAUGGCCAAUAAAGUGCACACAUCUCAGGUGUUCAACUUGAUGAUGUGUAGACUACUCCUAGAGGCAACCACUAUUUUGGAUCUUUACCAUCCUAGAUUCCUUUUGCCUUUUUUGAAUUUCCCAUACAUGGAAUCACACAGAAUGUGCUCGUUUGCAUGUGGCUUCUUUUGCUCAGCAUGAUGCCUGUGAGAGUCAUCCAUGUUGUACUGUAUGGCAGGGGUCCAGUUCUCUUCAUUGUUGUGUCUGGUUUCUUGGUGUGAUUAUACCACAAUUCAUUCUGGUUAAAAUUACUCUCCAAGUGAAAUCACUCUUUUUCUCAAAGCUGAAACAACACCUACUUUACAACCUACCUGCCCUGCUCCUUCCCACUUCCUGUGAUUGGAGGGAGCCACAGGACUCUGUCCAAACAUAGAACUCGGACUUUCACCUGUAUGCAUGAGCAAUGAACUGAGAAUAAAUGGCACUAUUAUGUAAAGGGAGGUGAAACUUUCCAAUGAGCACCAAGCAGAGACUGAGCAAGCCUCACUUUUGCUCUAUGCGCUGCUCCCCAGCGGCUGUGGCCCCCGUCCAGUAAUCACAAGAAAGGACCAGGUGAGAGUCCCUGAGAGCAGCACCCUUCCCAGCUGGGGAGUCAGGUGAGAGCCCACCAGGCUCCUGCAGGAGACAGGAUCCAUCCAGCGAAGGAAGACCUUCAGAGAGAGCAUUUGCCUUGUUUGCUGUGUGCUUAUGUGCCAGUGUGACUUCUCAAGCAAAAGAAACAUUUGUAAAAUGCCCUGUCCUGGCCUAGAUUGGGUGUGAUUUAUUAAUAAGGGUUGGUUGCCAGGGAACUCCCUUGAAUGGGUUUAAAUUUUGCAAAAGAAGGCAGAGCUGUUCAGUCGUGUAGGUUAAAGUGGGUGAAGUGGCUGAUUACCCAUUUAAGACUUUGCAAGUCUGUGGGGCCCCGAAUAAAAUGCCUUCCUCAGAAGCUCUCAGCUUCAAUGCAAGUAAAAUGAGGCUCUGAGAAGGCUGAAGGGGGACUUAAUAACUGUUUAUAAGCCCAUUAAGGAUGAUUAAAAGGAGGCCAAUGAGCAGCUGCUCUUCCUUCUCCAGCGAUGACAGGGCAAGAGGGAAUUGUGCUUUAUGGCCAGAAGAGGAGAUUUAAGUUAGGCAGAGGGAGGGACUUCCUGGAGGCUGGGGUCUGUCAGAAGGGCUCUGUGUCUUCCCUGGUGACAGCAGGAAUCGCUGAUUAUCUUCCAAGUCCCAAGGCGAGCCCUGAGGAACACAGGACUGGGGGAAGACUGCACAGCAGGAGAGACUCUUCCCCCCACCCCCAUUUCUUUUUCUGUUUCUUUUGUAUAUUUAGCUAUUUGAUUAGGGGAAAUGCAGAAGUCUGAGGUCUAGGGCUGAGGCCACUUGGUGUGGGGCAAAUACAUUCAGGAAUUAGACCACAUAGUGAUUCAUAAUUGUUGAAGGCUUUGAAGCUGUGUGGUAAAUCCUGACAUUGGAGCUUUUUGUUGUGCUCCGUGGAAAGCAGGGUCUGCAACUCAGCCUGUGUGGAAAGCGCGAGUGGUUCACAAACAGAAACUGGGAAAUGACACUCCUGCUCCUUGGGGCCCUUGUUCACGUCUGUGGUUCUUUAUUUGCCUUUUUACUUAAUGUGUUUUGUAAUGGCUGCGAAAAUUAAGUGACAAAAUCAGUGAACAUUGAAAAUAAUCACUACUGAAAGUGGGCGAUUCUCAUUUCAAACUUAGUGUGUGUGUUUGUGCCUCCUAUUCAUUCAAUAAAUAUUUAUGGAGCAA